CCCACCUGUCAGAGUGGUCGGCGGCAUCUUGGGGUCUUGGCAGUCCGAGGGCCUGCUCCGGCCCGGCCGGGCGGAGCCGCACGGUGUCGUUUGCCCGAGUUGGGGGCCUUGUGCCUCGGUGGGGCCUGAGGUCAGACGGGGCCCGCGCGCCCAGGUGGGGUGAGCCUGACGGCUGCGACCCGCUCUGCCCGCUCUGUCGAGGGGUCGGGCUCUGGCCCCUCGCUGCGAGUGGGAGCUGCUGGUGGCCUCAGGGAGCAUUUCCAUUUGGAGAGGUGACUUAAAGUCCCCGUGUGGGACCUGCUUGGCUAGCUCUCCUGUCGGGAUUGUGCAAGAAAGGCCCCUGCUGCCUGGAGGCCUGCCUCGUGCUGGUGGGGAGAUGUUUCCUUUGAAAUGCGAGGUCUGUUAAACUUCGUUUUUCAUUCUCACUCACUGACCGUCUCCUUCCUUUUUACCAGAUCUGUCCGGUUUCUUCUGUGGAGGGUACGCAGACAGCCUUGAUUUCCUGGAUCUGGUAACAUGGCAAAAGAUGUGUGGUGUCUCUUGUAGCUGUCCACCCAUCCACAGUGAACACACUCGGAAAGCAGCUUUUGCCAAAAACCUUUGGACAGUCCAAUGUCAAUAUCACACAGCAAGUGAUCCACAGAGAAGAUGUGUGUACCCGAGAGUUGGGGAGCUCACUGUGUGCUGUACCUGGUACAGGCAGAGGGCCUCUGGGCAAGCGUGUGUCUGUGUGUCCUGAUGGACGUAGAUCUCAGUGAGAAGUGAGGCUGCCUGUGGCAGGGGCACCCGACCCUCCUUGGCAAAGCAAUUCAAGAAGUACUGUGUGGAGGAGUUGAAGCUGGGAGCCAGUUUUCUUCAGACCCAGUCAUUUGGCAACUUCCUUGUGGGCAAUGGGGGUUGUUGUUCUUCCUGCUGCAGAGUAGACUGAAGUCCCUCACAGCCAUGAGCUCCAGGACUCUACACAGCUCUCGUGCUCGUGUGGGAUGUGUGAACGUGACCAGCAAGCACUACCUGUGGCAGCAUGAAGCUCUUGUCGUCUGUGAUUGGCACGCCUCAGAGACCUGCAGCAUCAAACACUAUUGUGGUAGGAAGCCCACACACUCCCAACACUCACUUUGUGUCUCAGAACCAGCCGUCUGACUCCUCACCUUGGUCUGCUGGGAAGCGGAACAGGAAAGGUGAGAAGAAUGGCAAGGGCCUACGGCAUUUCUCUAUGAAGGUGUGUGAGAAGGUGCAGAGGAAAGGGACCACCUCCUACAAUGAGGUGGCUGAUGAGCUGGUUGCAGAGUUCAGCGCUGCUGACAACCACAUCCUACCAAAUGAGUCCGCUUAUGACCAGAAGAACAUUCGGCGGCGUGUCUACGAUGCCUUAAACGUGCUGAUGGCCAUGAACAUCAUCUCCAAGGAGAAGAAGGAGAUCAAGUGGAUCGGCCUACCCACCAACUCAGCUCAGGAGUGCCAGAACCUAGAGGUAGAGAGGCAGCGGAGGCUGGAGAGGAUCAAGCAGAAGCAGUCACAGCUCCAGGAGCUCAUCUUGCAGCAAAUUGCCUUCAAGAACUUGGUGCAGAGGAACCGCCAAGCCGAGCAGCAGGCCCGCCGGCCACCUCCUCCCAACUCUGUCAUCCACUUGCCCUUCAUCAUUGUGAACACCAGCAGGAAGACCGUCAUUGACUGCAGCAUCUCCAAUGACAAAUUUGAGUAUCUGUUUAACUUCGACAACACGUUUGAAAUCCAUGACGAUAUCGAGGUGCUCAAGCGCAUGGGCAUGGCAUGCGGGCUGGAAUCGGGGAACUGUUCUGCUGAAGACCUCAAGGUGGCGAGAAGUUUGGUACCAAAAGCUCUAGAACCAUAUGUGACAGAAAUGGCUCAGGGAUCCAUUGGUGGAGUAUUCGUCACAACAACAGGUUCUACAUCCAAUGGCACAAGGCUUUCCGCCAGUGACUUGAGCAAUGGUGCAGAUGGGAUGCUGGCCACAAGCUCCAAUGGGUCUCAGUACAGCGGCUCCAGGGUAGAGACCCCUGUUUCGUAUGUUGGGGAGGAUGAUGAUGACGACGAUGACUUUAAUGAGAACGACGAGGAGGAUUGAUUACUCAGCCUGUAGACCCCUUCUUCAAAUUCAGCUUCAGGAAAAAAUUACUAGAGAAGAAAACUUAAAGUGGGACUUUUUGUUCUUUUUGGCCUGCUUCCAAGAAGAUAUCCAUGAGUUGUUGGGUUAGCUGUGCACCAUCAGUAAGGACCGUGCCCGCCAUGGUGUGAGCUGCGUUGCAGAUGUUUUGAAGCCAGCGUGCUGAUGCAGAGCCCAUAUUUACUUUUAGGAUUUUGUGUUUUUGCGCUUUCUCUUUCUCUUUUUUAUUUUGUUUGAAGUUUAUUUUGCCCCUCAACAGUUGUUGCUGGGUUUGCUGAGGAAACUGCACUGCACCCACACCAGUGACAAUAAUAAAUGCUAUCCUUCCUGGGCAUCCAGCACCCAGGUGGUAAAUUACCAGACUUCAGGGUGAAUUUUCCUUCCAUUUGUUAAAUCAUGCGGUGUCCAAAGAACCAAGCCAAUAGCAAAGCUCUAGUUUUUAAACAUUAAGCGCCAUACGUCUUAUUAUGACUUUAUUUUUCCUUAAAUUAUAUUGACUGUUGUAAUUCCAUCAAGUUUGUACACUUUUUUUUCUAUUGCAACAACAAAUUGCAAAGUAGUUUUUCUUGUUUGUUUGUUUUUGUUUUGUUUGGAAGAAGUUUACUGCCACGCUGGUGCAGCUAUGGAAAUUGUCUAGAAAGUUUGCUUAUGGUAAAUUUGCCUGAUUUCUUACAGGCUACGUUUGGAAACUUUUUAUUAUAUAGUUGUUUACAUACUUAUAAGUCUAUCAUUUAAAGACGUGUACUGAAACAAAUGUUGUAUUUGUUUCAUGAGCAUCUUCCUGUAAUCUAUUAUAAAGUUGAAAUUAAACAUAGAGAAUGUUUUAACAGUUUUUUAACUCAAAAUUUGUCAAUCAUUUUUAAUAGUUCUUUUUUUAUAAAAAGAAAAAGGAAUUUAAGGACAGGCAAUAGUCUCUUAAAAUUUAUUCACAAAAACUCGUUAACUGCACAGUUGCUCUUAGCUGCCUGUUCUAAAAUGAUAGUCUUUUUAUUGAAACACAAAUAAACUUUUCUGUAAUAUUUUAUGGAAUAUAAAGAGACUUUAAUUGUUUGACUUGUUUAACUCGGCACUGUUAGUUUUAUUAAUAAAACGUGCAUGGGCAUUUUAAA